AUGGCAGCCAACGAAUCCGUCGUAUUCGACUACCCUCCGUUGCCGACCUAUACACUGAGCCCCCGUCCUCCGAUUUUUACGGCAAUCCCCGACAAUAUCCUUGCUCUGAUCUUACCCGUUGUCGCAUACUGGGCAUUGUCUCUGUUCUAUCAUUUCAUCGAUGUCUACGAUUUCUUUCCCCAAUACCGUUUGCACACCCCAGCGGAAGUACUGAAACGAAACAAGGUCACGCGCUGGGAAGUGGUGAGGGAUGUCAUCUUACAGCAGGUGAUUCAGUCGCUGGCUGGCUUGGUGGUUGCCUAUCUCGAUCCGGUCGAAUACAUCGGGAGGGAGGAGUACGACGUUGCUGUAUGGGCGGGACGCCUUCGCUUUGCACAGAGGGCUAUCCCUCGCGUGCUGGCUAUAUUCGGAGUUGAUGCUUUGGGACUGGCGAGCAAUCUCUCGAAGAAUGGCCACACCAUACUAGCUGGAGCAUUGGCUGGAGGUCAUUAUCCCGGAGUCACACAAUCUCUUACGCUCGACAGCGGCCUGGACGCGGUUGUGCCUGCUUUUACCAACUGGGAAUUGUUAACGGCCAGCUUCAUCUAUUGGUACCUCAUCCCUGCGUUGCAAUUCACCUGGGCCAUCCUCGUCGUCGACACUUGGCAGUAUUUCCUUCACCGUGCGAUGCAUAUGAAUCGGUGGCUUUAUGUUACCUUCCAUUCCCGUCACCAUCGACUGUAUGUUCCCUACGCGUUCGGUGCCCUUUACAAUCAUCCGGUGGAAGGUUUCCUCCUUGAUACUGCCGGUGCCGGCUUGGGAUUCCUGACUGCGGGCAUGACCACUCGUCAGGCCAUGUGGUUCUUCAGUUGUUCUACAAUCAAGACUGUGGACGAUCAUUGCGGCUAUGCUUUCCCUUGGGACCCCCUGCAACAUUUCACCUCCAACAAUGCCGCCUACCAUGACAUCCACCACCAGAGCUGGGGUAUCAAGACCAACUUCUCCCAGCCAUUCUUCACUUUUUGGGAUCGUCUGUUCAACACCCGUUGGAACGGCGACGUCAGACUCAAAUAUGAGCGCUCCCGGGAGGCUGCCCAAAAACAAGUCGAGCAAGACGCAUCUUCUGCCCCGGCUGAAGAAACCCCCUACGAGAGUGCGGUCAUUUCACCAGCCACAUCGACCGACUCCAAUGCGCGCACGCGCCUGCGCAGCAAGACUGUCACAUUGUCUCCGCACGUCGACAGCCUCAAGGGUGUGAACCAUGGAGUGACCCGCAGUGUUUUGCACGCAUAA